AUGACCGAGUACGAGGCAAAGUACGCCAAGGACGGCGACACCGUCGGCGGCAGCCCCGUGACGGGCCAGCUUCUCUUUGCGGACACGAUUCGCAAAUUCUCGUUCGGCGAGGUUGCCACGGCGGCGGACGUGCUCGAGGCGCUGAAGGAGGAAGUCGUGGCGGCGUUCAGCGGCGACGACUUGGCAUUCAUUGAGGACGCCAGCGGUUUGAAGGUGCGCGUUGACGGUGCGGGACAGGAUAUUUGA